AUGGCAGCAUUAAAUAGUGAUCCUCGUAAGGCUGACGACCUUGGGCUCCCAGAGCCAUUCGCCUCCAUCCCACGCUAUCCACUCACCCUCGGUCCGUCACCCAUCCAUGCCCUUCCCAAUAUCUCCGCUGCCUUGGGUGGUAAGGUGUGCAUAUAUGCCAAGCGUGAAGACUUCAACUCUGCCCUCGCCUUCGGGGGCAACAAGACCCGGAAACUUGAGUACCUCAUCCCAGACGCCCUGGCACAGAACUGCGACACUUUAGUCUCCAUUGGCGGAUACCAGUCCAAUCACACCCGUCAAGUCGCUGCCGUGGCUGCGAAACUGGGCCUCAAGUGUAAACUGGUGCAAGAGAAGUGGGUCGACCACGACGACGUGGGCUACGACAAGGUCGGAAACAUCCAAUUAUCGAGGUUGAUGAGCGCGGAUGUGAGGCUCGAUAAGUCUGGAUUCGGGAUCCAGCACAAGCAGACCCUCAAGAAUUUGGAAGAGGAGGUCCUCGCCCAUGGAGGGAAGCCGUAUUACAUCCCCGCCGGUGCCUCAGACCACCCGCUAGGCGGCCUAGGCUUCGCUCGCUGGGCCUUCGAAGUCCAUGCCCAAGAACAGCAACUCAACAUCUUCUUCGACACCAUCAUCGUCUGUGCCGUCACGGGCAGCACCUUCGCCGGCAUGAUCGCCGGCUUCAAGCUGCUCGACCGCAUGUACCCAAAAUCAGCACCGGCGGGCAAAAAGCGCAAUCUGAUCGGCAUAGACGCCAGCGCCAAGCCGAAAGAGACCUUCGACCAAGUCCUCCGCAUUGCCCGCCAGACGGCUGCCAAGAUCGGGCUGAGGCAGUCCGACAUCUCUGAAACCGAUGUCGUGCUGGACGCGAGAUAUCAUGCCGGCACGUACGGGCUGGCGGACGAGGCGACGUUGGCGGCCAUCCGAUUCGGCGCAAGGAUCGAGGCCUUCAUCACGGACCCGGUGUAUGAGGGCAAGAGUCUCGCUGGACUCAUUGAUAUGGUCGGGAAGGGCGAGAUCAGGGAGGGGAGUAACGUGUUGUACGCGCACCUGGGCGGACAGUUGGCUUUGAGUGCAUACUCGGAGAUCCAGUGA